AUGGUAGCGACGCGGGCGGUUGCGCGGGGUUGGCUCUCCCUCUCAGAGAACGCGGGCGCGGCGACGAACGCACGGCACAAUGGGCGGCGCAGGCGCCACGGCGGCCGUGCUCAGUCCCCGCCCAUAGCCCCCCGCGCAAGCGCAGUCCUCACGGAGGAGCGCGCAGAGCCACAGCACCGCCUCCUCGCAGAGGCCUCCCGUCCGUCAGAAACAUCGUGGACAGACCCAGACACUGGCUCCCGGGCCUGCAGUCGCGGAGAAGAAAAUACAGACUCUGCGUGUUCUUCCACGCGCCGCCCGUCCCCUGCCCCCGAGUUGGAGGUCUGACGCCGGCCUUUUUACCUCCCCACCUCCGGCCUCCAGCACCCGGAUCGCCCGGAAAGGCCCGGCCGCCUCCCG